UGAUUUGGUGACUCUGGAGGAAGAGGCGGACUCUUCUCCGCAGACUGUGCGCCUCGGGGCUGCGCAGUAGCGGACUGGGUGUAGUCUGGACUCCCGUCUUUUCCUGCUGGAGUUCUGGGUGCAUGGCGGCGGACACAAAGAGCUGAGCCCGACCUCAGAGACCCAAAGAGCAGCAGCAGAGAGCCGGGCCAGAACCGCGGAGCCUGGAGCGACCGGUCGCUCCUUGUUUUCCAGGAUCCUCCAGUCCAGAUUGUUUCUGCGCGAAAACGGACGGAAAAAAACUUUGGGAAAGUUUGGGGAGAACUUUGUUGGGAGCUUCGCGAUCGAGUAGGAAGACGGAGCGGGCAGACAGGAUGCAGAAUCUGAUCCGGGCUCUGGUGGCGUGGAGCUGGGUGGCCGCGGCGUGCGUCCGCGGCGCCAUGGACGAGUGCGCGGACGAGCAGGGCCGGCCGCAGCGCUGCAUGCCCGAGUUCGUGAAUGCGGCCUUCAACGUGACGGUGGAGGCGACCAACACCUGCGGCUCCCCGCCUGAGGAGUACUGCGUCCAGACCGGAGCCACUGGGGUCACCAAGUCCUGCCACAUCUGCGAUGCGCGGGACCCUCGGAACCACCACAACGCCGCGUACCUGACCGACUACAACAACCAGCAGGACACCACCUGGUGGCAGAGCCAGACCAUGCUGGCGGGGAUCCAGUACCCCAACUCCAUCAACCUAACCCUGCACCUCGGUAAGACCUUCGACAUCACCUACGUUCGGCUCAAGUUCCACACCAGCCGGCCGGAGAGCUUCGUCAUCUACAAACGCAGCAGUGAGGACGGCCCCUGGGUGCCGUACCAGUACUACAGCGGCUCCUGCGAGAAGACCUACAGGAAGCCGAACCGCGGCUUCAUCCGAACCGGCGGCGAUGAGCAGGAGGCGCUCUGCACCGAUGACUUCAGCGACAUCUCGCCGCUGACCGGAGGAAAUGUGGCCUUCUCCACACUGGAGGGCCGACCGAGCGCCUACAACUUCGACAACAGCCCCGUCCUCCAGGACUGGGUGACGGCCACAGACAUCAGAGUGACCUUGAACAGGCUCAACACGUUUGGAGACGAAGUUUUCAAUGAUCCCAAGGUCCUCAAGUCCUACUACUACGCCAUCUCUGACUUCGCUGUGGGAGGAAGGUGUAAGUGUAACGGCCACGCCAGCGAGUGUGUGAAGAACAGCAGGGGACGGCUGGUCUGCGACUGCAAACACAACACCGAAGGCUUCGACUGCAACGUGUGCAAACCUUUCUACAAUGACCGGCCGUGGAGGAGGGCGACCGCCGACAACGCCAACGAGUGUCUGCCCUGUAACUGUAACGGGAAGAGCUCCGAGUGUUACUUCGAUGCAGAACUGUACCGGGCCACGGGUCACGGAGGUUACUGCAGGAACUGCGCCGACAACACCGACGGGCCCAACUGUGAGCGCUGCCUGGACUACUACUACAGAGAGCAGAGCGGCGGCCGCUGCCUGCCCUGCAGCUGCAACUCCAUCGGUUCUGAAUCUCCUCAGUGCAACAAUAGAGGCGUAUGCGCCUGUAAACCUGGAGUGACCGGAGAGAAGUGUGACCGUUGCCAGCCAGGAUUCCACAGCCUGACCGAGGCCGGCUGCAGGCCUUGCACCUGCUCGCCAUCAGGCAGCACUCAGGAGUGUGACGUCAACACGGGUCAGUGCCGCUGUAAGGACAAUGUGGAGGGCUUCAGCUGCGACAGAUGUAAACCAGGUUACUUCAACUUGGACCCCAACAACACUCAGGGCUGCAUGGCCUGUUUCUGCUUCCAGCACUCAUCGGUAUGUGACAGUGCCGAAGGCUACAGCGUACACACCAUCAGCUCAACCUUCGAAAGAGGUGAUGAAGAGUGGAACGGUCAGCAGCAGGAUGGAUCCACAGUCUCUGUCCAGUGGUCUCCCAGUAGACAGGAAGUGUCCUUGAUGUCUGAAAACUACCAGCGCCUGUACCUCGUUGCCCCAGAGAAGUUCUUGGGGAAUCAGCUAUUGAGUUAUGGACAGAACCUGAGUAUGGACUUCCGAGUAGAACGGCGGGACACUCGCCUGUCGACCGAGGACCUGAUCCUAGAGGGGGCCAACAUGAGGGUUGCUGUCCCCCUCAUCGCCCAGGGCAACGCCUACCCCAACGAGAACAUGCAGACCUACGUGUUCAGGCUCCAGGAACAGCCUGGCUACUCCUGGAGGCCUUUCAUCAGUGACUCGGACUUCCAGAAACUUCUCCACAACCUGACAUCCAUCAAGAUCCGGGGCACCUACAGCGAGAGGAGUGCUGGUUACCUGGACAACGUCUCCUUGGUAACGGCGAGGAGGGGCCCAGGUGUGCCGGCUCGCUGGGUGGAGCAGUGCACUUGUCCACCAGGUUACCAGGGUCAGCACUGUGAGCAGUGCACCCUGGGAUACCGCCGCGCCCAGCCGGAGCUUGGACCCUUCAGCUCCUGUGAGAUCUGCAACUGCCACAGACACAGCGACGCCUGCCACCCUGAUACUGGAGCGUGUGACUGUCAGGACAACACUGCCGGACUGAGCUGUGAGCGCUGUAAGGACGGGUUUUAUGGCGAUGCCACUCAGGGGACCCCGGGCGACUGUCAGCCAUGUCCCUGCCCUGCUGGAGCCACCUGUGCUGUUGUUAAUAAAACCAGAGAGGUGGUUUGCACCAAUUGUCCUGCUGGAACCACAGGCAAACGCUGUGAGCUCUGCGACGACGGGUUCUUUGGGGACCCUCUGGGUCAGAACGGGCCGGUCCGACCCUGCCGCGCCUGCCAGUGCAGCAACAAUAUCGACCCCAACGCCGUCGGCAACUGCAACCGCGAGAAUGGAGAAUGCCUCAAGUGCAUCUACCACACCACCGGCUUCUUCUGCGACCGUUGCAAGACGGGUUUCUAUGGCAACGCCCAGGCCCUCAACCCUGCUGACAAGUGCAAACCCUGCUCCUGCUCUUCACUGGGAACAGUGGAUCAGCAGACCAGCUGCUCUCAGGUCACUGGUCAGUGUCAAUGUCUCCCUAACGUGGCUCAACGCGACUGCAGCGCCUGCCUGUUAGGAUUCUUCAACCUGCAGAGCGGCGAUGGCUGCGAGCGGUGUAACUGUAACCCAAUCGGCUCUACUAGUGGUGAAUGUGACAUCAUUACAGGACAGUGCGAGUGCCAUCCCGGCAUCACUGGCCUGCACUGUGAUCGAUGUGAGAUCAACUUUUUCGGCUUCAGCUCUUCUGGAUGCAAACCUUGUGACUGUGACCUUGAAGGUUCUCUGUCAGGUCAGUGUAAAGAGGACGGUCGGUGCGACUGUCGGCCCGGCUUUGUUGGAGCUCGAUGUGACAUGUGUGAGGAAAAUUACUUCUACAACCGAUCAGUGCCAGGCUGCCAGCAGUGUCCGUCCUGCUACGGUCUGGUCCGAGACAAGGUGAACCAGCAGAGACAGAAGCUCCAAGAACUCCAGACUCUGAUAGAUAAUCUCGGCUCCGGCCAGGAUACUGUCAGUGAUAAGGCCUUUGAGGAUCGAUUGAAGGAGGCAGAAAAAGCCAUCAUGGAGCUGCUUGAGGAGGCUCAGAACAGCAAAGAUGCAGACCGAGGUCUGUUGGACCGUCUGAACACCCUGAACAACACCCUGACCACCCAGUGGAACCGUCUGCAGAGCAUCCGCAACACGGUGGAUGACACCAGUGCUCAGGCAGACCGUGCUCGCGACAGAGUCCGGGAUGCAGAAAGCCUGAUUGACCGAGCUCAGCAGGAACUGGCCAAGGCCAAAGAUGCCAUCAGUAAAGUGGACAUCAAACCUGCUGGUGGGACUGGAGAGCCAAACAACAUGACACUGCUGGCAGAGGAGGCUCGACGCCUCGCCGACAAGCACAAGAUGGACGCCGAUCAGAUCGAGAAGAUCGCCAAAGAUGCCAAUGACACAUCGACCAAAGCGUAUAACCUGCUGCUAAAGACUCUAGACGGAGAAGGCAAGAUGGGUGACGAGAUUGACAAGCUCAACAAGAUGUACAACGAGGCAAAGGACCGGGCCAAGGAUCUGGAGAAACAGGCCAACAAGGUCCAGGCUGAGGCGGAGGAGGCUGGGAACAAAGCUCUAAAGCUGUUCGCCAACCUGACCAGCCUGCCACCGUUUGACACCAAGACCCUGGAGGAUGACGCCAAAAAGAUUAAGAAGGAGACGUCUGACCUGGACAAUCUGAUCGACAAGACAGAACGGGAGUACAACGAACUGCGAGAUGACCUCAAGCCCAAAGAGCUGGAGGUCCGAAAGCUGCUGGAGAAAGGAAAGAGCGAGCAGCAGACCGCAGAUCAGCUGUUGGCCCGAGCUGACGCCGCCAAAGCUCUAGCCGAGGAGGCAGCGAAGAAGGGCCAGUCAACUUUCAAAGAAGCCGAGAACAUCCUGGAAGACCUCAGGGACUUUGACAGGAGGGUCAACGACAACAAGACAGCAGCAGAAGAAGCCAUGAAGAAGAUCCCCAACAUCAAUGCCACCAUCAUCGCCGCCAACGAGAAGACAAGGCAGGCGGAGGAGGCGCUUGGUAACGCUGCUGCCGACGCCCGAGAUGCCAAGAGGAAAGCUGAAGAUGCUGAGAGGAUUGCAGACAACGUACAGAAGGGCUCGGCUAAGACCAAAGAGGAAGCAGAGAAGGCGCUGCAGGACACAAACAAGCUGGACAAAGAUGUGAACGACAUGAUGGAUCAGCUUAGCGCAGCGGAGGAGGAGUUGAAGAAGAAGAAGGCUGAGGCCGACAACGACAUGAUGAUGGCUGCCAUGGCAUCGGAUAACGCCAAGCAGGCCGAGGACAACGCUCGCAAGGCCAAGAGUACGGUGAAGACGGUCCUGAAGAUCAUCACAGAUCUGAUGGAUCAGCUGGGAAACAUCGAUAAAGUGGACCUGAGCAAACUGAACCAGAUUGAUGAGUCUCUGAAGCGCGCCAAGGACAAGAUGGCUGGCAGUGAACUGGACAAGAAGCUGGCGGAGCUGAACGAUGUGGCGAGCACACAGAAGGAGAUGAUCGACGACUACGACCGGCAGAUUCGAGAGAUCCACAGCGACAUUUCUAACCUUAACGACAUCAAGAACACAUUACCUGAAGGCUGCUUCAACACACCGUCGCUGGAGCGGCCUUAGGCCCACCCACCUCUUCCACAUCCACCCCGCCCCUUUUCCUCUCACACUCACAUCUAACACUCCAGCAAACGGGCCGACUUUUACCAAAACAGUUCUUGUCUCAGAUUCUUUGCCAACAUUUCAGUUGUGCCCAGCAGCUGCUGAUGACAGCGGUGUUACAGUGAACUCCACGGUGCAGAGACGCCGUGGACUGAGGUGGACAAACCUUGGAGAGAAAACCAGAACCACAAACCCGACGUGACUGCAGCCACACAGGACGUACGCUCGUGCCUCGCCAUACGUUUCUCUACAACAAUUCAGAACACGUGAAGGAAUUCUCAAAUCCUCCUCCAAUUGCUACACUCUUGAGUCGGACAGCAGGGAAAACGUUUCAAAUCCCCUCCUCUGCAGUAUUCACACCUCCAGCAGGUGGCAGUGUUUAGUAAAGUCACAUGAACUGCUGCAAAGGAAGCUGCCAAAGUCCCAGAGAUAUAAGACCAGACCCAAACUGUUUCUCAUUUACAAUCUUCCAGAUUUUAACCUUGAUGUGUGUAGAAGCUGUAGUGGCUGUUUUCCACCAUAGACGGAACCUCAAAACCUCCCAAGAGCAACCAAAAUAUUCUACAUAACUGAGUAAGAGCUUACAAGCAGCUUCAAAUUUCAGUCCCCAACCCCAUUUAUCAUCCACACUAGCAUCAGAUGAACAAUAGCCUACCUAAAAUUAAAGUCAUGGUCCAAUUCCAAUUUCUCUGGAUUUAUCUUUAAACUACCAGACCUUAGAGUCUUUCAGAGUAAUCUUCACCAGCAGUUCUGCACCUUUAUUUUAAUGAUCUGUAAGAUUUUCACUGAUUUCAGACCAGUUUCAAUUGCAGAUUUUUGUAAAGCUCUGAGAAUUUUCUCUAAGAAUUGGAUUGAAAUAUUAAUGUGACUCAUAUUAACAAGUUUUCAUAUUCGGUAAGUCACAAAAAUCACAAUAAUGAGCUGUGGAAUGUAUGUGUUAGCUCGCUAAGGCUAACAAUAUAAGCUAGGCUCCAUGGUAGCUUAUUUCACACUUCUGCCAGAAUAGCCGACAUUCUGUCAAACAACUCCUUAGUUAGCACGUUAAAGUGAACUCUAACCUUUUCUUUCAUGCUAACAUUUGCCAAUGUAUGGUAACGUUAUUGUCAAUAUGCUAAUGUUAGCUUACCAAUACUAACAGCAGCAUGAUUGUUUCAUAUACAGAAUGAGUCUAACGUCUGCCACUGAUUCUAGCACAAGUUUUACUUCACCAGGAUCGUCAGUGCUCCCAGUAUAACACUUUGUAUUCAGCUGGUAUGUUAUGCUUGAGAUCCUUCAAAGCUGGCAAACAAGCUAAAUACAUUACUGCUACCUACUGGGCUGGAGUAUGUGGCUCAGUAUUACCGAUGUGUCAGAAAUCAUCGGACAAAGAAAGAUGUGAUUAAAUGCACUUUUUUAAACGUUUUCAAAAUAAUUAAUCAAAUUAACAUUUUAAAGUCCAAGCCAUUGCAAAGAGGCAUCUUUACUUUAGAGCAGCUUGCUAGUAAGUUAGCAUGCUAAGGUUAACUAUAAGGUUAGCCUUAGCAUGCUAACUUCUGUCAUCUCAGGUUGCAAAGCAUUGUAAUACGUUACUUUUCCCGAACAGUGUUCUAGAGGACGAUAAAACCACUGACCUUUUUAGAAUAUAGUAAAAAUGUUAGUAAAAUUGACUUGGUAAUAAACCCAUAUUUAUUCUGAUCCUGGCUACAAACUUACUGUUGACUUACUGUUAAAGCUUUUUGUAUUCUGCAAAUGUUAGUGCCGUGGACCGAGCCCAAAUUCGACUGAGGUUUUCCUCAGUUGAAUUUGCUAGCAUGUUCUCAGGACAAAAUCUUGAAGCCCCCAAAGUCUAAAGAAAGUCCUGGACUUCAGAAAGUCUGGAGAACUACUGAUGCGGGCCGCCUUAAAAGAAGGAAACAUGUGGGAUGAAUGAGGAGUUCAGGGAAUUCUGUCUGUGGUGGAGACCUCUGAUGAGAGAUGAUCUGGACUGAACGAUGUGUUGGAGGACAGUCCAAACUUCCCGAUCAUAUGGAUGAAAUGCUUCUCUGUUGGAACAAGAUGCGAUUUUCUGACAGUUUCUCUGUGGGAUGACGUUGGAUUUGUGUGUGUGUAGAAUCAUGUUCUGAUCCAUGGAAUGACCCCUUUAGGACCUUGGCAGCUUCUGCUGGCUCAUAAAGUGCAUUUUAUUGUUAAACCUGGUUCCCACGCUGCAUCACCUCACGUUUGUCUCCACUCCACAUCCAAACACUAUGCAACUUUGUACAUUCUGCGUAGCGAGAGUUUAUUCUGAUACACUGGUGCUAAUAAUUAUUUCAAAUGUUCUAUUUUUGAGUGAAUGUUUUUUAUUAUUGAGUUAGAGUGAGGAGUUUAUGUGUGUAAAUAAGUGAUUGGCUGCUUUUAUCCUGAGCAGCCUCAUUAUGUUUCAUCACAAUCAACUGAAACCUCCAGGUGAAAAUAUAUCCUCUAUCAUAACGUCUGUGGUAUGUUACUAUUAUAAUUGUUAUAAUUAUUAUUAUUAUCUCUGCUUGCUUGUAUACAGGGCUGAGAGCUGCUGCCUUACACCAUUACUGUUUGUGUUGAUUCUUUGUGGGUUUUCAGGAGCUAAACUGAAUAUUUGUGGAGUUUUUGAGCCAGUCAUCAGUCAGGACGAGUCUGUUCGCUCAGCAGAGGCCACAAGCGCUCAUCUGCGAUUUAUUUACUGCUCGUGCCUUAAAAGGACAGUUGUCAGUACUUCUGCAGUUUCUAAAGUCCAUCAGACCCCAGGAUGUCCUGAUGCAACUCGUCUGUCCUCCUUGCAGCCUGUGCAGCUCCAAGCUCUGGAAUCAGUAUUUUAAGUUAUAUGGGCUGUUUGUGGUGAGAUCCUGCUGUUGUUCUUCAUGUUGUUGAUGAUGAUGCUGGAGCUGCUCCGUUUCCAGGAUUCCUCUGUCAUGUUUCUGGCUCAGUUCACACCUGCCUGUAAACCCAAACCUAACAAUUCAGUAAUAAAAACAAACUAUUACAGGA